GGGGCAGUCUGUGAGGACGACAGACACUGCUUGUAGACUGGAGUCAGCAGUUCUCCUGUGAAGUGUGCACGACUUUCUGGCUUCCAGAGGGAUCUUGUCGAUGUUUACAUCAUGUAUUAACACUGAAGUACUGUCAUCAGAGGAACCAUCCCUGAUGUUACUCAGCUGCAGAGAUGGAUCUCCAAUGGGAAAACCACUCAGAACUGAGUCUGGCUAAGGACUCCAGGAGACAGCAAAGGAAAGGCAAGAACAUGAAAAGUUCUGUUUUCCAAACCAAACAACAUGUGUCCUCUGUGGAAAUAGAAUUUCAAAAUGCUUCUCAAGAUCUUCAAGGGAAUGACAAGAACCACUGCACAGAUUCACUAUCCCCACCAGAGAAGCUCAUUGCUGGGAUCCUGGGAGUCAUCUGCCUUAUCUUGUACAUUUUAGUAAGAAUGGCUCUCUGGAGCCAGAUAGUUACAGCAGAGAACCGGACAGGGAACCAGACAACAGGGAACCAGAAAGCAUACCAUUGUGGUCGAUGUCCACCAGAGUGGUUAAUGUACUCCAACAAUUGCUAUUACAUCAGCACUGAAGGAAAAACAUGGAAUGAGAGUUUGAUAGCCUGUGCUUCUAAGAACUCUAACCUGCUCUACAUAGAUAAUGAAGAAGAAAUGAAUUUUUUGAACAUAUUUGAAAUAGUUCCAUGGAUUGGACUGUUCCAGAGAAAUAAUACUAAUUCUUGGGUGUGGACAAUUGGCACAACUCUCUCUUCUGAUCUGUUUGCAAAAACUUCCAAGUUGGACAAGAAUUGUGUAUUUUGGAAUUAUGAAACACACAAGUUCUAUUCCAAAUCCUGUCUAGAAAAGAGAACAUGUAUUUGUAAGCACCAGUCACAUUAGCUCACCUAACUUUGGUAUCAUGUUCCUCUCACCACCCCUAAAGAACACAUUUCUAGUUUCUUCAAGAAUGCUGACAUUGUUUUUGUAAAACUAAGUUUUAAGAAUUAUUUUGAGAUCAGUUUUAGUUUCACUACAAAAAUAAAAGGAAGG